GGGGGCGGGGACUCUUUCCAGGAAGUUGUGGGACUGCGCGGGGGCGGUUGCCGGGCCGGGUUGGGUCGCGUAGGGGCGUGAAGGGGGGACGCAGCCAUGUCGGAGCGGAAGGUUUUGAACAAAUACUACCCGCCGGACUUUGAUCCUGCUAAGAUCCCAAAGCUCAAACUCCCGAAGGACCGGCAGUAUGUGGUGCGGCUCAUGGCUCCCUUCAACAUGCGAUGCAAGACAUGUGGUGAAUACAUCUAUAAGGGGAAGAAGUUCAAUGCCCGUAAGGAGACUGUUCAGAAUGAGGUGUACCUGGGACUUCCCAUCUUCCGCUUCUACAUCAAGUGCACACGUUGCUUGGCAGAGAUCACUUUCAAGACAGAUCCCGAGAACACGGAUUACACCAUGGAGCAUGGGGCCACUCGCAACUUCCAAGCUGAGAAGCUCUUGGAGGAAGAAGAGAAGAGAAUGCAGAAGGAGAGGGAAGACGAAGAGCUAAACAAUCCUAUGAAGGUCCUGGAGAACCGAACCAAGGACUCCAAGCUGGAGAUGGAGGUUCUGGAGAACCUGCAGGAGCUGAAGGAGCUCAACCAGCGCCAGGCAAAUGUGGACUUCGAGGCCAUGCUACAGCAGUACAAGGAGUAUGAGGAGGAGCAGAAGCGCAAGGAGCAAGAGGAGGACGAGCAAGAGAUGAAAGCUAUGCUGGAGGAAGCCCAGAACCGGCGGCUGCUGGUCGACUCCGAUUCUGACGAAGAGCCUGCCAAAGUCCACGCAAAGCCAGUGGCAAAAAUUAAACCUACAGACAUCCUUCAGGAGGAACCCCAGCCCCAGGCUAAGAAGCUGAAAACUGAAAGCUGGGAACGGAGCGUGGGCACGUUGAACAGCAAGUCCCAGCUGGCCGGGCUUGUCACAGUGAGGAAGCCGAAGCCGGGUGCCACCCUGGCUAAUGGGACGGAGAGGCAAGGGGCCACGGCCAGCACUGGCUCGUUUCCCACGGCAACGGGCACCACGUCCUCCCUCGGCUUGUUGGGGGCGUAUUCGGACAGCGAGGACAGCACGAGUGACUGACGCGCGACCCAGCCGUGGCCGAGAGUGGGGACUGCGGGCUGUUCCUCCCCUCCCAGCGCAGAGCCGGCGUUGCUGCGUUCGGGCCCCGGCGGGGUUUCCAGGCCGCCUGCACGCAGACUGGCCAUCUGGAGCCCCGGCGUCUUCACGCGGGGGACGCCGGGGUGUGUAGCCAUCCUCCGAGGGCAGCGCGAGCUCUGCCCUGCCAGACCCCAGCAGCUGCCACCGGUUAACGGCACCAGCAAGACGAACACAGGGUGAACUGGAUAAACAGCUUCCUCUUACAAGGAUAUCGCUGCUUGAUUGCAGCAAGUGAAAAGCCCUGGUGCUGUCCCAGGCUGGCCAUGCCCAGACCCAGCUUCCAGGCAGCCCCAGGGAGCAUGAUGUGUCCCAGCCCUGCUCCCAUAACGGUUUUGGGAGUCCCGGGGCCUGCCUGGACAGUGCGGUUUGUUUUGCAGGUCCCCACUGUGCUCUCCCCUGCUCUGGCUUUCCCUGUGUCGGGGGCUGUGACUCACCAGCCCCCAGGGCCUUUCUCCCCUCCCUCCCUGUGUCCUGGGGAGCAGGGGGAAGGCAGGAGCUCGGCAUCUCUCUUUUGCCAGGGACGUGCCCCCCUCUGCUUCUCUCGCCCUGCCUGUCUCCUGCCCCCCGUCACAUGGGGCUCUGUUCCCCCCGUUGCCUCCUGCGUGGGGUGGGCCUGGAUCCCCUGUUGGUUUUUUGUUGUAGGAGAUGCCAAAAGCUGCAGCACUUAUCCAGGCUUGUCCCCCCAGGCCCCUUCCCCUGCCAGAGCUGGGCUCGAUCCUGCUGCUGCCCCGGGCUCAGGGGACAGUGGCUGGGUGGGGACACGUGCGCUGUGUGUCCAGGUGGUUCUGGCCUUCCCAGGGGAGGGGAGCAGAGCUGGCGGGUCCAGCCGAGGUCUGGGCACCCCUCACGCGGGGACGAGGAUGUCCCAGCUGGGCUGACACCAGCCCUCCUGCAGCCCAGCUGCUCCCGGCAGCUCUGCGCUAAACCCGUCUCCGCUCCAGCUGCUCAGGGAGCAAUUGGGUUUCGUCUGCUUGUAGCCAGGUAAUAAAGUGGAUGUGUCAGA